AUGGCCACAGAGCAAAAAGAAGACCCUCAUACUCUGCAGAAGGAAGAGGAAGAGAAGGAUUUCAAUCUCGGAUCUGACGAAUCUGAAGCUCCAUUUCCCCUCGGUGUCCCUUCUAGGGUAUUGUAUAUGUUAGGGGACAUUACGGCAGGUCCGGCGUAUCGCUUCACGCAAUGGGUGGAAUUGGUUCGUAAGCGUAGCGGCACGUACCGGUCCUCCGGAUUCCCACACCGGCCUCAGAGAACCAAUACUAUGCCCUUGAGUGCAGGAGAAUCAAGUUCUGAAUCUGAUUUAAAGAGUGUCCCACCUUCAGAGCAAGCUACAGAAAUCAGUUUGUGGGAAAGAUUUAGUAAAGCUGUUAUGUUGGACAUUGAAUCUAGCUCCUUUUCUUGGAACACGCUAUCUUCCCUUCACCACACUGAACAUAGCAGCAGUGCUGAACAGUCUGAGGACGAAAUGAAUAAAGCAUUAGAAGUUACCGUGAAUUCUGGGGGUGUAGUAUUUUUUGCGCUAUUCAACCAACCUGAAAAUGAUGAAUCUUCCCCAGAGGAAGCAGCAGCUGUUAUCAAGAUAUCAUCUUCAAGGAUGGCCACACAAUCAGAACGCCUUGGCUAUGAAUUCGCAAAAUGGCUAGGUGUCCGAACUCCGCAAGCUAGAGUCAUUCACAAUUCUUGUCCAGAGUGGCUGCAGAUUAAAGAAGCUGCAGAUAAAGCAAGAGAUGCUGCAAUUUCAGAGGGAGAUGAAGUUGGUGAAGUGACAUGUUCAGAACUUCUAGAGGCUCUUGAACUUAGCCGAUGCCUUUUCCUGAUGAAUUACGUGCAUGGAUCUCCUCUAUUGGAAAGCUCCAAUGCAUUUGAUUCACGAGAAGCUGCAGAUAGAACAGCGGCAGCCCUUGGCAGGAUCUUGAUGCUGGACCUUGUCAUCAGAAAUGAAGAUAGGCUCCCUUGCCGUCAUCUCAGGUGGCGCGGGAAUUCUGCUAACUUAUUAUUGGCUGAUAAAAUGGCGUCUGCAAAUAUGGGUGCAAUGGAGGCUACCUUCGAUUCUGCAAUUGAGAGAUAUAGGCCAAGUAUAAUUCGGGCGCUUCAAAAAGAAAGACGGGCAACAUCAAUAGAUUGCAGGCUGGGACCUCAUAAUUCAGGAUUAGUAUCGCCGANUGCCUUCGAUUCUGCAAUUGAGAGAUAUAGGCCAAGUAUAAUUCGGGCGCUUCAAAAAGAAAGACAGGCAACAUCAAUAGAUUGCAGGCUGGGACCUCAUAAUUCAGGAUUAGUAUCGCCGAGUUCUGAUCUUUCUGAUGUUACAGAAUCUCCAAAAUCCAGAAAUAUUAGUCUAAAAAAUCAGAUUCCAAGUGAAAUUACAAGUUCUGAUUUUCAUAUCGUGGCUAUUGAUUCUGGGGUUCCUCGAAGACCACCUGCUGGAAAACGUGCCAAUGACCAGGCAAAUUAUCCUAAGCUAGUUGAGCUCCUCAUCAACAGUUCUGAGUAUGCAUCAAAUCUCUUACAUGAGAUAACUGGAGGGAGAUUAGGAUCUCCACCAGAAGAUUCUGAUACACUUAUUGAUUUGCGUUCAAAAGAUAUGGCUUCAGUUCAUGAAUUUCGAGGUGGGUUUCGUGCAGCUCUCAGGGACUUGCAGGGAUUUCAUAUAUUCCUUCUUACACUUCACCAAAAACUGGAUAGCCUCCUACGAGCAUUUCUGAAUAUUAUAAAUAGGACUUCCACUGGAGAUUUUGACAAAGAAGAUUUGGUGGUUGCUGAGUCUCUCUCACAGGCUACAGGGGCUAGUCAUAAUUGCCCUUCUCCACCAAUUAAAGAACGGAUCAUUGCUGAUAACCAUCCAGAUUUAAUGGAUUCGGAGUUGCAAAGAACAGCUCCUAAGUCGUCAUCAUCGGGAUCUAAAGAAAGCUCAGACUCUGGUUCUCCCAUCUCACGGGAUAAUUGGCAUGGAAAGAUGAGCAAGGGGAGUGGAGAGCCUCUUCGUAGCCUGCGUAUGACAUCAAAGCUCCGUGACUUCCACAAAUUGGCUAAAGUGGAUGUGGAACUAAACAAAGAGUUAGAACAAUGGAAUGAAAUGCUUAAAAAUGAUGCAGUUAAGCUAUGUCAGGAGAACAACUUCCAUACAGGGUUUUUUGAGUGUAGUGAUAGCAAUUGUGUCGUUGAUGCUUAUGAGUUGAAGGUCAGGCUAGAGCACAUUCUUGAGAGGAUAGCGUUGAUUUCAGAUGCUGCAAAUACAGAAAAGCCAUCAUCAAUUUCAACUAAUCUGUUCAUCGGUGGGGCGCUGGCUGCGAGAUCUGUGUACACUCUGCAACACUUGGGAAUUACACAUAUAUUGUGCUUGUGCUCUAAUGAAAUUGGACAAUCAGAUUCUCAAAAUCCUGAGUUAUUCGAGUAUAAGAAUUUUUCUAUAUGUGACAAUGAAGAUACAAACAUCGACGAAAUCUUUGAGGAAGCACAUGAUUUCAUUGAUCACGUUGAACAACUAGGUGGGAAGGUUCUGAUUCAUUGCUUUGAGGGGAGAAGUAGAAGUGCAACAUUAGUUCUUGCUUACUUGAUGCUCAGAAAGAACUUCUCGUUAUUGGAAGCAUGGAAUACCCUGAGACGAGUUCACCGACGUGCCCAACCCAAUGAUGGAUUUGCUAAGAUUCUUUUGGACCUAGAUAGGAAGUUGCAUGGGAAGGUUUCCAUGGAAUGGCAAAAACGGAGACCAGUUAUGAAGGUCUGUCCCAUCUGUGGAAAAAAUGCUGGCUUGAGUAGCAGCUCGCUAAAGCUUCAUUUGCAGAAAUCACACAAGAAACUAUCAUCAGGGAGUGUGGACAGUGCCAUGACAAUGGAAAUACAAAAGGCCUUGGAAGCACUUAAGGUUAGUCGUGGUGGAAGUGUUAGCCCUACACAAAGGACAUCAUCUCAUUCAAUGAUAGGUGAAUCGGAAUAUUAAGUUGCUGUAGAUAAAUUUUUGCAAGUUGCAAGCCCCAGUGAGCUACAGGUCUCUAUAAAGUCUUUCUUUGUCUAUUUAACUUCAUC